AUGAGUAAUCAAAAAGAAACAAAAAUUAGAAAUACAGGAAAAUGUAACUAUGCUAAAAAAGAAUAUAAAAGUAACUUUUAUUCGAUUAAUCCGAAAACUCAAAGUAAUGCAAAUGAUAAAGUAAACAAAUAUAAGGAAAGAAAUAACAAUGAGAGGGGGUAUACUUUUGAAAACUUUAAUGAAAAUUUAAAAAAAGAACGAAGUGUAUUAAAAGAAGGCAUCCAAAAUAUUAAGAUUAAUGUUAGUAGAAGUAAUAGUAGUAAUAGUAAUAAUAAGAAUGUCAUUACAAAUAAUUGUAACACUAAUGUAAAGAGUAAUCAUAUAAGUAGUCUUAAUAAGAACAGUACCUCUUGUACCAUGAAUAAUAUCAAUAGUAACAAGAACAAAAAUAUUAGUGAUAAAGGAAUUAAGGUUCAAAGAAGUAACAACAACAGUACUAGUAGUAGCAAUAAUAAUAGCUAUUGUGGAAACGGUAUCAAAAGGGGAAACAAUGAAAAAGGGAGAUAUGAAAGAUGGGGAAGAAAAAACACAAACUAUUUUAAUAGAGCUUAUACGAAAAAUGAUGUUAAAAAAAAGCACAACACAUUCUUAAAUAGAAAUUUAACAAAUUUUUUUGACAGCAGAAAUUGUAAUGAUAACAACAAUAAACCUUUUCAAAAUGUUAGGAAAAUACCCCAUAAUAAAAUGGAGAAGGGGAGAAAUGGCUCAAAUCAUGUGAAUAACGUUUAUUCAAAUAAUAAAACGAAGGACGAUAAAAACAUGGAAGCUAAUGUGAAUAACACAAAUAAUUUAUGCUCUAAAAGUAACAAUAACUUAGUAGGAAUCUCGAAGGAUAUACCUUUAUGUAAUGAUUCAAAAGUAAGUAGCAGUAAUGAUAUAAAUUUUACAGGUGAGGUACGUGAUUCGAAAAAAAUGAACAUGAUAUCUAAAAAGAGUUCUGUAAAAAAUGAAAGUAAUAGAAGAGAAGAUAAAGUUGUACAUACUGAAAGGAGGGAUAGAGAAUAUAUUAAAAGCAAUAAUUGUGAUAUAAAAGUAAAUGAGGAUAAAAGUUUAACAAACUAUGAAUUAGAUAAAAAAGAAAAAGGAAAAAUAGGGAUACAUGAUGAAAUGGAAAAUACGAAAAAUGAAAAUAUUAAAAAACCGGAAGUGGAGAAGGACAAAAAAGAUGGAAAAUGUAGUAACGUAAAAAAUAUGAAUACAGAAGAGGUAUAUAAUAAUAGUCGUUUAAAUUCAGGUUCCAUUAGGAUAUUUAGUACUAACAGUAUGAACAUUAAUUCGGGUAGAAAAAGCGAGGACACAAAAGAGAAACCUUAUAAUAAUGAGAAAACAAAUGGCAAUAAACUCACAAACAAUAAUAGUAGUAAUAAUAUUAAUAAUAAUAAUAGUGAAAACUAUAAAAGAAUUUCAGUAUAUAAUAAUAGUAGGAACAACACAAACUUCAAGAAGGACUUCCGAAAUAAUAACACGAGCACGAAUAAUUCAAAUAAAAAGUAUAACGGUUACAGAAAUAUAGGGAAUAACAAAAAAGUUGAAUGUAGAAACAAUAAUGAUAACGGCAAAAGUUUUGACUUUGAUACAGCUUGCGAUAAUUUUAAGAGUAGCGAAUAUUAUAAGAAUAAUGAAAGUAUAAAAAAUAGGAAAAAUUACAAAAAUGGCCAUAAUUAUAUUUGUAAAACAAAAGAUAUACAUAAUAGUAAUGAAAAAAAGCAUAAAAAUAGUAACGAGAAUAGUGUAUGCACGAGUAGUAUCAACAACAGUUACAAAAAUAUUGAUAGCUAUCGGAAAAGUAAUAAUGGUGUCUCAAAAAUGAAUGAUAAUACUGUACAAAAUAUUGAUAACUGUAAAAAUUAUAACAACAAAAAUAACAGUUAUAGCGGUAAUAAUUAUGGACACAAUGGUAGUAAUGGUAAUAAUUAUGACAUUGGUGAUACCGUUGAUAAGAAUAAUGAUAACAAAGGUGUUAACUGUGGUGGUAAAAACAGUGAUAACAACGAUAGUAACAGUGAUAAUAACAAUAACCGUAACAAGUAUAUUAAUAGUAGUAAGCACACUUAUAACAGGGCUGAUAACAGUUACGAGGAAAUCCAUAAGGACAAUAGUAUGAAUAGGAAUAAUCACCCUGUGUCACGUGAUGAAAGUGGAAAUAACAAAAAUUUUAAUUUUAAAAGAAAUAAUUUUAAAAAUAAGGAAGAAAUAUCAAAUAUAAAAAAAUCAGACACAAAAUUUAUUAAUGAGGAAAAAUACGGGAAAAAAAAUAAUGAAAGUAACUAUUUUAAAAGAAGUGAUAAUAUGAAUAACGAUAAUAAUAAAAAAAUGUUACACACAUUUAAUAAUAGUGGUAAUAAUAAUUAUAAUAAAAAGGUAAAUGAUAACAAAAUUAUGAAUAAUAAAGAAUCAAAUCAUUAUGAAAAAGAAAACAGCUGUGCACCAAAUGAUUUAAGUGACGUGAAAGUAGAUGAAACAGAUGUUUAUAAAAAUAGUUCCAAUCAUUUAGUUAAACGUGGAGAAAAUGUGUCUAAUAAAACCAUAUGGGCUACUACUAAUGAGAAUACUGGUGAAAACAUGUAUGAACACAUUAAUGAUAAUAAUAAUCACAUUUUUAAUAGGAACCUUGAUAAAUGUAAUUAUGCUAAUAAUGGUGUAAAUAAUACAAACAGUAAUAUGGUUGAUAACAGUUUUAAGAAUAAAGAAAAAAUUGUGAAUAAUAUGUCUGAUAAUAGUAAGUCUGAUCAUACUAAUAUGGAUAAUAGUAACAUUCCCAGUAGUAAAAAGGUGGAUAAGAGUAAUAGAGACCAUAGUAAAAUCAAGGAAAACAGUGACACAAAAUGCAUAAUAACAAAAGAGGGAAGAAAAAAGGAAUAUAAUACUGAAGAUUGUUUAACGAGGGAGAAAACAAAACAUAUCCAAAAUAUUAGAAGAUAUAAUGAUGAAGAGAUGAACAAUUGUGAAUGCGUUAAAAAUGAUAAUUAUAAUAUCACAGAUAGAAGUGAGGAUGAGGAAGUUCAGGGCAAUAUAUUAGCAAAUAAGGAUGAUAAAAAUAUGAAAAAUAUAAGUAAGAAUGAUUAUUGUAAAUAUCCAGAAGAUAAAAAGAAUCAUUUAAUAGGAAAGAGGGAUGAAAAGAGAACUAAUAAUACAGGAAAGUCUAGUUCUUUUAAUUUCAAACAGUUCAAAAUAUGGAUUGGUAAUAGAUAUAAUAAAUUAUUAGAGGCUUAUUUAGAUCAAGAAAAUAGAAAGAAGAAUGGUAAUGAAGUAUUUCAGGAUGAAAUAAAAAUGUAUGAAUUAAAUUCAUGCUAUACCGACAAUAUUAGGGAAGAAAGUAAUAAUGAUAACAUAACAGAAAUAAGUGAAACUUCAGAAAAAAAAUGUAAUAAUGAAGGUACCAAAUUUAAUAAAGAUAAUUCAAAUUUUCAAGUAAAUACAAAAGGAUUAGAUGAAAGAAUAGUUAUUAAUGGAAAUAGCAGUGAUUAUUCAAAUGUAUUAAAUAAGAUCGAUUAUGUAGAUAAUUCUGUUAAUGCGAACUACAGUGUAACGAAGAAUAAUUAUAUCAUGAGUUCAAAAAAUUCUUCGAAUGCAUUAUUAAUUAAUAAUACAUGCACACAUAAUGAAGAAAAUAAAUAUUAUAACAGAAAAAAUAAUUAUCGCUCUUAUAAUCAAAAGAAAACCGUACCACCAUUCCAUAAAAAUUCUUCGAGUAACUACAAAGGUUCUUUUUUAAGUUUUUCAUCAAAUAAGAAAUAUGAUAAUUCUAAGAAAGGAGAUGAUGCAGUUGCAAACUCAAAUUUUUAUGGGAAAAAAAAUAACACUAUUUAUAGAGACAAUCAAAAUGAAGAAAGAAUAAAUGAUUAUAACUUCAAUAAAAAAGGAUACUACGAAAAAAAAUCAGCAGACAAACGAUUGGGCAAUAAUAAUCUAAUGGGUAAAAAGAUAAACCAUAAUAAGAAUCAAAUGAAUAAUAAUAAUAAUAAUAAUAAUAACGUAUUUUAUAGGAGAAAAUAUCAGAAUUAUGAGCAAAAGGGUGAUUUUGUAAAAAAUGAAGUGAAUAAUGAUACAUAUUAUAAAACAAAUAAGCAAACAACAUCAUGUCAACAAAAUAGUAAGAUGAGCAACAGACGUACAAAAUUAGUAAAUGAGCGUUUUCAUAAACGAAAUAAUUCCAGCGACAUGGACAAUAUGAAUGAUACGUUUUAUUCUAGUAAACAUAAGAUAAAUAAUAACACCGUACUUCGAAACACCUCGGACGUUUCAUUUAUGUAUAAUUCUAAUAAAAAUAUGGAUAAUAAAAAAUCGAAUGCAACUUAUUUAACUUCAAAAUAG